AUGAAGGAGAAACCCAAACUGCGCGUUUUGAACAAGGUGCCGGACCUAGUGAAAGCGGUGAAAAUGCCCAAGAACCUACGAGACAUUCGCGGCCCUGCGACCGAGGGGCGGGACUUCCGGGAAGGAGAAUUCGGGAUCUUGGCUCUGGGAGGCGGCUACUUACACUGGGGCCACUUCGAAAUGAUGCGUUUGACCCUAAACCGCAAGUUCAAUGCUCGCACCACCUUCAGCCUGUGGAUGGUGGAAGCACCCAACAAGCCCAUUACUCGCAAAGGACUCGGCCACCGUAUGGGUGGGGGAAAGGCGCCGUGGACCAUUACGUCACCCCAAUCAAAGCCGACCAGCUUGUCGUGGAAGUGGGGGGUCAAUGCGAGUUUGAAGAUGUCUUUCCGGUCCUGGAACAAGUGGCCAAGAAGCUUCCUUUCGCAGCAAAGGCCGUUAGUCGGGAGAGCCUAA